UAGAGGGAGAAGAAGAGACGUAUGUGACUGAUAUAAAGACAGAAGAUACAGAGGGAGAAGAAGAGACGUAUGUGACUGAUAUAGAGACAGAAGAUACAGAGGGAGAAGAAGAGACGUAUGUGACUGAUAUAAAGGCAGAAGAUAUAGAGGGAGAAGAAGAGACGUAUGUGACUGAUAUAAAGACAGAAGAUACAGAGGGAGAAGAAGAGACGUAUGUGACUGAUAUAAAGGCAGAAGAUAUAGAGGGAGAAGAAGAGACGUAUGUGAGGGGUGAUCAGCAGUGUAAGGAGGAGGAGAUCCCAACAGAUAUCAGCACAGCAGAUGGACACACAAGCAGGAAUAUCUCAGAAGGACAUCUAAUGUUAUCCCCGGAUUGUGACAUAAAAGAUAAUGACAGAAUACAGGAUUCUCCAGGAGAUAACCCCAUUACCCCAAUUAUACAUCCAGCUCUAUCAGCUGAUCCCUCUGAUCCUGGGAAAUGUUCUCCUGAUCACUCUGAUGUUGGUGCAUCUGUUACAGCUCUGACAGUAGAUUCAGUGUUUACCUGUUCUAUAGAUUCCAAAUGUUUUACGCAGCCCACAAAGCUUAUUACCCAUCAGCCUGCUAAGACAGGUGAGAGGCCAUUUCCAUGUUCUGAGUGUGAGAAAUGUUUUACAUGCAAAUCAGCUCUUGUUUCACAUCAGAGAAGUCACACAGGUGAGAAGCCAUUUCCAUGUUCUGAGUGUGGCAAAUUUUUUACACGGAAAUCAAAUCUUGUUACACAUCAGAGAAGUCACACAGGUGAGAAGCCAUUUCCAUGUUCUGAGUGUGAGGAAUGUUUUACACUGAAAUCAAAUCUUGUUAAACAUCAGAGAAGUCACACAGGUGAGAGGCCAUUUGCAUGCUCAGAGUGUGGGAAAUGUUUUUUAAAUAAAUCAAAUCUUGUUGCGCAUCAGAGAACUCACACAGGUGAGAGGCCAUUUGCAUGCUCAGAGUGUGGGAAAUGUUUUUCAAGUAAAUCACAUCUUGUUAGACAUCAGAGAACUCACACAGUUGAGAUGCCAUUUGCAUGCUCAGAGUGUGGGAAAUGUUUUACACAGAGCUCAAAUAUGAUUAAACAUCAGAGAACUCAUACAGGUGAGAAGCCAUUUUCCUGUUCUGAGUGUGGAAAAUGUUUUUUACGUAAAGUCUGUCUUGUUAAACAUCAGAGAAGUCACACAGGUGAAAAGCUGUUUUCAUGCUCUGAGUGUGGGAAAUGUUUUUUAAAUAAAUCAAAUCUUAUUACACAUCAGAGAAGUCACACAGGUGAGAAGCCAUUGUCCUGUUCUGAGUGUGGGAAAUAUUUUUUUAGUAAAGCACAUCUAGUUUCACAUCAGAGAAGUCACACAGGUGAGAAGCCAUUUUUCUGUUCUGAGUGUGGGAAAUGUUUUUUUCGUAAAGCACAUCUAGUUUCACAUCAGAGAACUCACACAGGUGAGAAGCCAUUUUCCUGUUCUGAGUGUGGGAAAUGUUUUUUAUUUAAAUCGAAUCUUAUUACACAUCAGAGAAGUCACACAGGUGAGAAGCCAUUUUCCUGUUCUGAGUGUGGGAAAUAUUUUUUUAGUAAAGCACAUCUAGUUUCACAUCAGAGAAGUCACACAGGUGAGAAGCCAUUUUCAUGUUCAGAGUGUGAGAAAUGUUUUACACUGAAAUCAAAUCUUGUUAAACAUCAGAGAAGACACACAGGUGAGAGGCCAUAUCCAUGUCCUGAGUGUGGGAAAUGUUUUUUAAAUAAAUUAAAUCUUGUUACACAUCAGAGAACUCACACAGGUGAGAGGCCAUUUGCAUGCUCAGAGUGUGGGAAAUGUUUUUCAAGUAAAUCACAUCUUGUUAGACAUCAGAGAACUCACACAGUUGAGAUGCCAUUUGCAUGCUCAUGAGUGUGGGAAAUGUUUUACACAGAGCUCAAAUAUGAUUAAACAUCAGAGAACUCAUACAGGUGAGAAGACAUUUCCAUGUUCUGAGUGUGGGAAAUGUUUUUUAAGUAAAGCCCAUCUUGUUAAACAUCAGAGAACUCACAGGUGAGAAGCCGUUUCCAUUCCCUGAGUGUGGGAAAUAAAUCAGAUCUUGUUGAACACAUUAGACAUUACCCAAGUGAGGAACCAUUUUAAUCUUCUUGAGUUUAAUCAUCAUUGCCAUGCAUUGUUCCUCAAGGAUCAAUCCUAUCUCCUAUACUUUUUGCAAUAUACAUGACCUGGCCUACCACUUCUGUGCAGAUGACUUGUCUUUUGCUCCAUGUACUGAGAACCCAACACCAAUACUAAAUGGGAUGGUAAUGCUAUCCCGGUGGACAGAAUGCUGGCUGUCAAUAUACCAGCAGUGGGGUGAGUGCAAAGAGUUCCCUUGCGGGCUCCCUGUUCUCGCUAUGCUGCAGGCGCAGUGGCUCAUUGUGUUCACCAUAGGUAUUAUUCCCACUCUAUGGGUGUCGUGGACACCCACGAGUGAGAAUAGCUGUGGUGAGUGCUGUCGGCAUUCCCGGCUGUCGGGAUUCUGAAUGUCGGGAUAUUAACUACAUCCCAUCCUAAAUGGUUGUCUAGCUGAGCUCCAGGGGUGGAUGAUGCCAGUUGGCUGUGACUCAGUCUUAGUGAUACGUAAUAGAAGUUCACAAACAAAGGACAAGACUACAGCUUUACCAACCAUCAUGACUUAUGCUUUUGAGUGACAAAAUGCUGACUGCGGAACUUUGUGUGGUCCUGGAUUGUGGCUGACACAGACAUCGGGUAUCCGCCACAUUCAAAUCUUCGUUCUUCCAUCUGAGGACCAUAGCCAGAAUCGAGCUCUUGAUACCCUCAGAAGACCUGCCUACAGCCAUACAUGCAUUUGUAUCCUCUCACACAGACUACUGCAAUGUCCUCUACCUGGGUCUCCCAGCAAAAGAAUUACACCGCUUGUAGCUUGUACAGAAUGCAGCAGCCAGUCUGUUACCUAACCAGCCCGUUCCUGCCACAUAACACCCAUUCUCUAUUCCCUCCACCGGCUGCCUGUAAGAUGGAAAAUCUAUUUAAUAAUUGGCUAACUGACCUUCCCAGCCCAACAUUACAUUGUCCAAGGUACCAGAAGCUGCUUCUGCCUCCUUACUGCCUCACUUGUUUAUUGCUGCAGAGAAAGGACUGUUACCAGCAGUACCAGGAAACUCCCAUAAUGCAUUUGGGGGUCAAAAUUUUAUCUUUGUAGCCCUGGCCAUGGAACUUGCUGCCUCGCACAGUCCAAGAGGCCUCCACCCUAGAGCCCUUCACAAGCAGGCUGAUGACUGACCUGUUACUCAUUUCAUUAAUGCUCCUCUAGUUCUUACAUAUAUCCCACAUGCUUAGUUCUUUGUUCUGUUGUUUAUUUUGUAACUUGUGCUUUGUGUGAUUGUGUAAUGCCAGUUUGUACUAUCUAUAUUGCUGCACGACAAUAUGGCGGCCAUAGGAACGUGUUUCCACUUCUAGUUUCCCAUUCUUAUCUCAUCUGAUCAUCUUAAUCAGGAGUGUUGUGGGAUACAAGAUCCUAUCCAUAUAUACCCUGUACAUUAUCAUGUGCAUUAGAGCACCCGGGUUCCAUCUGCAGUGGUUUGUUGUAUGUUACAUCUAUAUGGUGCGGAUAC